GGGCGUGGCCAAAGCCGGGGAGGCCUCGAGCGUUGCGCCUGCGCAGUGCGCGGAAACGAAGGGAGAGAGAGAGACCUUCAGCUUUUUGACAAGGAGGGACGGUCGGGCGGCUGAGGCGGCGGAAGAGGCGCCCCUGAGGUAAACUUAAAAGAGGCGAGUCCUUCUGUAGAUUCACAGUGAGAAGUAAAUGAUUUAGGGGCUAAGCUGUGAAAUACAGAGUCUGCAACCAUGUUCGCCUGUCCCCCUAGAGUGUCAGACCCCAUGAAUAUUCCACCAGCUUAUUGUGACCUGGGGAAAUCUGCUAGGGAUGUAUUCAACAAAGGAUAUGGGUUUGGAAUGGUCAAGUUAGAUUUGAAGACCAAGUCUUCCAGCGGAGUGGAAUUUACUACUAGUGGCUCUUCCAACACAGACACAGGCAAAGCCUCAGGCAACCUUGAGACUAAGUAUAAAUUUAAGGAUUAUGGACUUACAUUCACUCAGAAAUGGAAUACCGACAACACCUUAGGCACAGAGCUCACCAUGGAAGAUAAGUUGGCUGAGGGAAUGAAGUUAAGUCUUGAAACCAUGUUUGUACCAAAUACAGGGAAGAAAAGUGGGAAGUUGAAGACCUCUUACAAACGAGAAUAUAUAAAUUUAGGUUGUAACGUUGACAUCGAUCUCUCCGGACCAACCGUUCAUGGCUGGGCUGUUUUGGGCUAUGAUGGUUGGCUGGCUGGCUAUCAGAUGGCUUUUGACACAGCUAAAUCCAAACUUUCACAGAAUAAUUUUGCCUUGGGUUACAAGGCAGCAGAUUUCCAGCUGCAUACAAAUGUGAACGAUGGCGCUGAAUUUGGUGGCUCAAUCUACCAGAAGGUUAAUGACAAGGUUGAAACAGCUGUAAGUCUUGCUUGGACUGCCGGUAGUAAUAACACUCGGUUUGGCAUUGCCUCCAAAUACCAGCUGGAUGAUAAAGCCUCAGUCUCGGCCAAAGUGAAUAAUGCCAGCCUCAUUGGACUUGGUUACACUCAGACUCUCCGACCUGGUGUGAAGUUGACUCUCUCAACUUUGAUCGAUGGCAAGAAUUUCAGCACCGGCGGCCAUAAAAUCGGUCUGGGAUUUGAGCUGGAAGCUUAAUGUAGGUAUUGAUGAAGUAUUAGAUCUUUAUUUGGAAGAUGAAGGAGAAAAUAAAACCCCACAUGUUCUGGCCUUAAACUCUUCUGUGAAACUUCAAAAAGCGUGAACUUGAUAUUCUUCCAAAGAAUUGUUGUAACCCCCCAACACUGAAGUCUGGAGAGUGCAACCUAAUGAAGGGCAAUACUUGAAGGAAUGCAUGGAAGUUGUAAUGGUUGUAAUGUUACAUGGAAGUUGUAAUGCUACAUUUCAGUUCAGUUCUUCAGUUAUUUUAAAAGUGUUCCUUGGAAGACAGCAUAGCAUCUGGUUAAAGGAAGAAUCUCCCACUUCCCAUCCUUCUGUGUUACUUCAUCACAUCGUGCAUGUCCGACAUUUCACGACCUUUUGUAAAACUGGUCUCUGUGCUGUAGUGAAAGCUUUGGUUUUGCAUCAAAAUGGAAAUAAAUGAAAUCACAUUUGGAACCCAA